UCUGAUUCUAACUAUCGUUUACUAUGUCGUUAAUCUUUACUCCGUACUCUUGGGGAAACUGGACGGGAACUGAUUCUAUUACUUGAAAACGCUUCUGCUCGCAGUCUUCUCAGGAAAUGUCCGAUAUCCCUCACAAGGGCUGCUGAAGAGUUCUCUCGAGUUUCAUCUUCUUUCACCCUCCAAAUCAGUAACUCCAUUGUAACUAACUGUUCAGUUCAGCUAAGUUAGUUCCUUCUCAAUGAUACCCAACUCUCAUAGUUGUAUUAUUAUUAUUAGUACGCAGCGACGACCACGACGACGACGACGAUGACAAAUCCUAUUUUAUUACCUCACUCUGAUAAUCAGAACGGCCGAAAGUUGGAGCUCCUAGACAUCAUACGCCAAUUCCCAAUAGUGUCCGUCCUUGUCCCUCAUAUGGGUCUUGGUGAUGUCUUGAACCUAUCCCGCGUCAACUCCCAUUACAGAGCUGUUCUUCACGGGUUUGCGCUCCCCAUCUCGGAUCCUGCGGACUUGAUCAACCCGGCCAACAGUAGCCGGCGCAUCAGACCGGAUAUUCAUAUUGGAGACCACCAAACCUUAUACUGGAAAAAUAUAAAGAAAAGCGGACAGCUUAUCUGCUCAGAACCAACACACACAAGAGGUUUGACGCCACAUUUAUGCAAGUACUGCUCUUUGCCCGUCUGUGAAGCGUGCAUCGUCAAAGAAUCCUUCCGCCAAUCCACCUCAGCAUACAAAAGUCGCACCCGCCCCUUAUGCAUCGACUGCUGGCUCUCUGGCCAACCCCACAAUGGGCGGCGACCAUCUGCACCACCGUACCACAAUGAUGCUUCCAACCCCGUAGCCAGCGCAUACUGCAUCUGUACCGCCAAGGACGGCUGGAUGUGUUCGAAGUGUCGCGAGAUCCAGGUCCGGACGGGCCAAGAGCCGAUUGCGAAGUGUAGUGGUGAAGGGUGCGGUAGGCCGCCAGGGAAGGAUAAUGGUCGGAGAAGGAUCUGUCUCUGGUGUCAUUUGCCGCUGGUGGCGCGGCCAUCUAUGGAGCAGUCGCGGGAAUGGUAUGCGGAGAGGCAUGCGUUAUUGGAGGAUGGUCGGUGGGAUGAGUUGAAUUGGGAUGGCGAGAUGGAGUAUGAGAUGGAGGUGGAUGGGGGCGGAGGAUCGGAAAGGGGAUGGCAGAAAGAUAUAGAAGCAAGACAGAGUGCGCGCUAAAAGCAAACAUUGUUUGGUUGAAUAUUCUGAUCUGAAUGAUUGAAUGAAGUAUCAAAUUUUUUCUAUAUCAGCAGAACAUAGCAUUAGCCACAAAUCCAUUCACCCUCUCUCACGCGGAGGAUUGCGGUACAAAGAAAAAAAAAAUAAAAAAUCUCAAGAAACGGGAUAGAAUCGAAGAUCAAAGCCUUGUUCUUUUGGCUAGUAAAGAAGAUUCAAGAGAGCUAACCCAAACCUCACCCAAGUCUAAUGAAAUUGGCAAUUAACAUUGCUAAGCUACCAUACAUCCUAGAUUCCCACUUGUAGAUAUUUAUAUCCCCCUAUCCAAACAAAACUCAGAGAAAGGUUAGACAAGGCAAAUCAAGACAAUUUUUUUCAACGGUUCG